AUGCGCCCCAAGAAGAAAGGCUUUCAACACAAGAAGGAAGAGCGUCAGAACCCCGUACCGGGCUCGACAAACAUCUGUUCGAAUGCUCCAGGCGCUUCUCCCCUGACUACAGACGAGGAGCACUUACGAAUUCAAGAAACGGCCGCUGGAAGCUCUGAAGACGAGAGGUAUGCUGGCUUGAUGCACUCCCUCGACAUGAUGGAAGGAAGCUUCAAGUACGCUAGACUGCCGCUGACACCAAAAAUUUCUGGCAGUGUCACACGCGGGCGCGUUAUGGCGGCAAGUCGACUGCGAGAUUUCAAGGUGCAACAACUACCUCUUAGAGGACGCUCCAAAUAUACAGAGACUCCAGCAGAGUUGGUUCCAGGCCCGCCAGCAAACACAGUCACUUUUAUCGACGAAGAGAACGAGCCGUCCGAUUCAAUUGGCAAAUGGCGCUGUUGCAAGUGCGGCAACAGUCACGAUAUCUACAGCGUCGCACGUGGCCAACAUCCUGUCAGUGUCCUAAACUGCAACUGCAUGCACGGCUCCUGCUCCAAAUGUACACUGGAAGGUUUGAUCAAACAAUUCGUACCCAUGAUCGAGCCAGAAGUCGUGCACCUAUCAGAGGACGCAAACAAGGCCGUACGCUUCGGCGUAUUCUGCGAUGGCUGUGGUCAAUCCUGGCGCGCGCAAAAGGUCAAUGACGACGCGAACAAGAAGGCAGCAAUCAAAGCAGCCUUGACACGAAUAUCCGCGAUCCCCAGACGCCUCAACAAGCGCGAUCCACACCCUCUCAAGAACAUGCGGGCCUCAAGGUCAAUGGAUCACCUCCUCCAUCCUUGCACCCCUUGCGCCACAAUGGCGACCUCCAAGUCCGCCCUCAACCUCCGCGCGCUCUCCAACGAGAUGCAGAAAGAACACGGCGAGCAGGCAGAGCUGGUCUCUGUCCGAUUCACGGGUAUCAGGUGCGACUGUGGUAUGAUGACUGACUCCAACUCGCUUUGCUUCCAGAUUGUCGACCCGCCUAGAGACUUUUACAGAGUCCAGUUUAUGAAGCAGAUGGCUGGACGUCGAGUCGCUGGCUUUGGUACCACGCCAGAGGACAAGGUGAAAGGCCAUGGAACGCCGGUUCUAGUCUUGAGAGGUUAUAUUCGCCACCCGAAUCCGCUCAUGAGCAGCCCUGUCUCGUAG